AUGUCGGAGUUGUUUGACCUGCUCAACUUUGGCACGCCCUCUGGCUCGGAUAGGACGUCGCGGCGGCACCGGAGCCUCUCACCAUCGCCACAGCAAUGUGUAUCAUGGCGCGAUACCCAGCCGAGCUCGUCGCCGCACGACGCACUUUGUGAUAUUCACACUGGGCCAAGUCCGGCCAAGAAUCCGGUACUGGACUUGCUGGUCACGGAGCAGGGAGGUCAGGAGAAUACACCAAAAGAGCAGUAUGCGAGUCCGAGUCGUCUGCGUACUGUGCGUGCGCGGCAGCAGGCAAGAAGGUCACACGCUCAUCCAUACGCGUACCAUAUGUAUGCAUACACACAUCGUGCGCCAUGCACGUCUGCACACACUACACUUGCACAAGGGGAUCAGAAACUAUCUGCUGUGACAUAUAAGAAACCGAGCAAUUUGUGCACGCCGCGGCCUGCGCGUGUAUCGAGUGACCCAGUGGCAGGACAAAAUGGCAAAACUGUGCGAACUGAGUGCCACACAGAGAAUAUUCGACGCGAUGGAGAUAAGCCAGGAUCGGACGACAGCUUCUCAAAAAUAUUUGACGAAGAUCCCAUUGACGCUGCUGCAGUAGAAGAGCUUGCACAGCGGCAGGGAUGGUAA